AAUGCAAUGCAAUGCAAUGCAAAUCCCCUAGGUCUCGUGCGUGAUCUCGUCUAGAAGCCCGGCCGCUGCCGACUCCCACUCCCACCCCCCAGGAGGCCAGGACAGGAACGGAGGUGCGGCCGCGUUCCCAAGUCCCAAUCCAAAGCGGCGGGGGGUCCCGCGCUCGUUAAUUCCCUUGCCGUAUCCCCAACUAUCUCGCCUCACCGUCGCCUCUCGCCGCCUGCCUCGCUUCUUCUUCGCUCACACCACGUACGAUACGAGCCUCACCAGCGCCGGCGCUGUAGUGUGCAGCCCUCCUCCUGGAUCUCUGCACCCUUCGGCGGCCACGCCUCGCGCGCGCGCGCGGACAUGGAGGUCGAAUACCACGAGGAGUACGUGCGGAGCUCGAGAGGCGUGCAGCUCUUCACCUGCGGCUGGCUGCCCGCUGCCGCAUCGCCCAAGGCGCUCGUCUUCCUCUGCCACGGCUACGGCAUGGAGUGCAGUGGCUUCAUGAGAGAAUGCGGCGUGCGGCUGGCGGCGGCCGGGUACGGCGUGUUCGGGAUGGACUACGAGGGCCACGGCAAGUCGAUGGGCGCGCGCUGCUACAUCCGCAGUUUCCGCCGCCUCGUCGACGACUGCGGCCAUUUCUUCAAGUCCGUCUGCGAGCUUGAGGAGUACCGGGGCAAGAGCCGGUUCCUGUACGGCGAGUCCAUGGGUGGCGCGGUGGCGCUGCUGCUGCACACCGAGGACCCCGCCUUCUGGGACGGCGCCGUCCUCGUGGCGCCCAUGUGCAAGAUAUCGGAGAAGGUGAAGCCGCACCCUCUGGUGAUCACGCUCCUGACGCAGGUGGAGGACGUGAUCCCCAGGUGGAAGAUCGUGCCCACCAAGCAGGACGUCAUCGACGCCGCCUUCAAGGACCCCGUCAAGCGUGAAAAGAUCAGGAGGAACCAGCUGAUCUACCAGGACAAGCCGCGGCUCAAGACUGCGUUGGAGAUGCUCAGGACCAGCAUGUACAUAGAAGACAGCUUGUCACAGGUGACGCUGCCGUUCUUCGUCCUGCACGGCGAGGCCGACACGGUGACGGACCCGGAGGUGAGCCGCGCGCUGUACGAGCGUUCGGCCAGCGCCGACAAGACCAUCAAGCUGUACCCGGGGAUGUGGCACGGCCUCACCGCCGGGGAGCCCGACGAGAACGUGGAGGCCAUCUUCUCCGACAUCGUGUCCUGGCUCAACCACCGCAGCCGGAGCUGGGCCGUGGAGGAACGCCAUAUGACCAGGAAGCUGGCGCCAGCUCCGGCCAAGUCCAUCGAAGGCCACGGCACCGUGGACGGCAAAGUGCACACACAACAAGGGCGCCCUCGGCGGCGCCAGGGCUUCCUCUGCGGGCUUGCCGGCCGGACGCAUCACCACGCGGAGAUGUGAAAGAUAGAAUCGCCGUCUCGGUCCCGGAUCAGAUGGGCGCCUGCUUUCUUCAACCAUGGCAAAUAAAGGAAUGAUGACCUGCGGUUUAUAAUAUAGAGGUCUUAUUAUGCUUGUCAAAGUUAUGUAUGACCAAUCAUUCCCAGUCUGGUGCAGAUUCAAACUCAUGCUCAGAUAUAUGUAAUGUAAGAUUAUAACGCUAUUAGCAUUCUGGAUAACCCGUUAACAAUGACAUUACAAAAUGGUACGUCGUUACAUAGUA